CACCGAACUCCCAACCACCGCAUCCGCCACUUCGUGCUGUAAUCAAUUGUUGGCCUUGCGGCGCCCGAAGAUGAACUGAUCGACGCACGAACGAAAUUACCGCUGUCGUCUGCGCACCUCCCCCGGCGUGUCCGCUCAGAUCGCCGGCUUAUCUCGUUGCAGCUCCGUCCCCAAUCUUACCCCCGCCAUCCCCCGCGCGUACAAGUGUGCAUCUGUCUGUCUGCCCGUGAAGGACACGCCCGUGGGCCGUAUGCAUACAUGCUGACGAUUGACGGUCGCAGAAAAUGCUCUUGAGCGAACUGCCUACUGAGCUGAUCCAGCACAUCCUCCGCUACCUCCCGCCACCCGCAUUCCUCGCACUCAGCCAGACGUGCAAGACGCUCCGCUCCGUAGCCGACACACCGCUGCUGUGGCGCUACCUCUGUCGUACUCAGUAUAAAUACUGGGACCCGCGCCACGAGCUCGCUGCCAGUCUUUCCAAGCCGGUCGAGGAUGUGCCGUGGAAGGAAUGGUACGUGUCGCGCCGAGUGCUGGACCGGCAGGUCGACCGCCUGAUCGACGAGCUGGUCAACAAUCCGCGGGGUCGCAUCGAGAAACUUGAAACCCUCGUCAACAUCGAUAUCGGCUGCAUGCCGGGAAGUCGCAAUCUGUGGGACAUCAAGGACUCUCUGCUUCGGCACCUCCACUGUGACGAUGGCGCCGAAGACGUGCUGGCGAGGCGGUUCUGGGCCAGCGCCGCGAUGGAAAAGCUACAUCACGGGCGUGCCGUGAGUCUGUGGUCUCGUCUCAAUGCCGAGGACGGCCAGGAGAUCCCGCUUGAGCGACUGCUGGGGGCCUAUGAUCUCUUUGUCGAGGGACUCGACGACGCAGAGUGCGCCGACGUUAGCAUCCUGCUCGACGAGAUUGCGCAAGGCUUUCGCGUUGCUCAUCCUGGCUGGGAAACCUUGUCUCUGAGGCAGCGCGCGACCGCCUUGGCCCUGUUUCUGAGAGCUCAGGGCUUCCAAGGCGCAGAGGACGUCUCCUUUCACGACCUGCCGAACAACUUCAUCGUUCGCGCGCUGCGCAACCCAGCACAUCCAGCUCUACCCAUCGUAUGCGUCACAAUCUACUGCGGAGUCGCGCGUCGCGUCAACAUUCCCGCGCAGCCAUGUGGAUUCCCCAUGCACGUGUAUGCCGUCAUCGAGGCUCCCGAUCUCGACGUCGCCGAGCCCUCGUUAUCGACGACAGGGCCAUCGACACUGCUACCCUUGCCCCAUGAAUCAGCGGCCGCUGAGGCCUCUUGUUCUUCGCAUGCUCGGCAGCAGCGCAUGUACAUCGACGCUUUCCGCCCGGGUGUUACCGUUGCUGUUUCUGAUCUCACAGCCCAGCUGUCAAGCAUGGGCGCAGGCCUUACAAUGCAACAGUCAUUUCUUGGCCCUGCAACGCCUUCGGAGAUAACGGCGCGCACCAGUCGUAACAUCAUCCACUCUGUUCGCAUGACCAAGCAGCGGCCCUCGCAUGCUGGAAUUAACAUCGACACAGACGGCUGGCCGGAUCUUGACGCAGCCAUGUACGCCGCGUUGUGGACGAGCGUACUAAUCAGAGAAGACAGCAGUCCUGCGGCUGUGGCAGGCCGAGGACCCCGCGAGCAUGGCCGAUUGAGGCAUACUCUGCCGUUCCUGUGCGAGCUCUUGCAGAAUCACCAUCCCUGGGAUGUCAACCUGCUGGAAGAGUACAUUCUUCCUCUGGUUCUUGGACUGCCGGAAUACGGGCAGCUGCUGCACAUUACGCGCGCCUUGCGGCUGAGCGAUGCGAAUGCGAAGGUUCCUGUGCGGAGGACGAGCUGCUCCACGGGCGGACAGGCUGUUGGAACUGAACAUGUCCGGUACAGGAUUGGGCAAGUUUUUGUGCACAGGCGUUUCAGGUACCAGGGUGCGAUUAUUGGCUGGGAUGUCAAAUGCGACGCAAGCGAGGAAUGGGUUGCGCAGAUGAGGGUCGAUAAUCUCGAGCGCGGGCGGGAGCAAAGCUUUUACCACGUCCUGGCCGAGGAUAAGAGUCAUAGGUACGUUGCGGAGGACAACAUCGUGCCAACGGACGAGGUUCCCAAUUCAGCGCUGCUGAGGCUGGCUGGGCGGUAUUUCAGAAGAUACGACGAGGAACAGAGGCGCUUCGUGAGCAACAUUCGGGACGAGUAUCCCGAUGAUUGAACUUUGGAGCGCGACUGUACGGUUAGAAUGAGACAGACCUUGGGGCUGAUGCAAUCAGACAUACACGCCAUAAGCGAAGAGUGGGUUGAGAAUCAGUCUGAUCGCACACCCAGCUCUUUGCAACGCGAUAGAAUGCAGAACGUAGAAUGUCAGCCAAUAUUCCAGCAGCCCUUUUUUGGACGGUGGUGCAAGAGCCUCGCUGAGCGUGUUCGGGGAGAGAACGCAGCAGCAGACGGCAAGAACACUGACACUCUACUUUCAACGAUGUCUUGCAGCUUUGUUAGUGACGUCGAGCAGGCGGGAACGAAAAUUUGGGUGUCCACUCCCCCAUUUUUUUUUUAAAAAAAAAAA